AUGCCUCCUAUAAGACGAAGCAAUUUAGGUAGAAGAACCAGAAAUGCUACAAACCAAGCUAAUUACCGAUCUAAUCGUACUGCACAAGAACGUGACGACGGAAAUGAACGUGAAAGAAUUCGGAUAUCACAAACGCGUGAAGCGCGAGCGCGACAUUCAACUAAUAAUCGCGCAAGUUUGAAUCGAGCUGCUUUCAGUUACGAUGUGUCAAUUGACUACAGUAACUACCAAUGUGUUGUUAUUGGUUCUAUGAACUCGGUUUGCUCACACUGUAAGGCAUUAAAAUACAAAAACGAAGCCAAUGGAUUGUGUUGCGCAAAUGGUAAAGUGAAAUUGAUACCAUUGGAUCCACCACCAGAACCAUUGUACUCAUUGGUUUCAGGAAUAGGAACAGAUUCUAUACACUUUUUGGCACAUAUCCAACAAUAUAACAAUUGCUUUCAAAUGACUUCAUUUGGGGCAACAAAUGUAGUUCGGGAAAAUUUUAUGCCAACUUUCAAGAUACAAGGGCAAAUAUAUCACAGAGCAGGUUCACUGUUACCAGUGUCAGAUAGCGACAACAAAUUCCUGCAAAUUUAUUUUAUGGGCAAUUCACCACAAGAAAUUGAUCUGCGUUGUGCACAUAACAAUUUAGUAAAGAGGUCUAUUGUAGAACAAUUACAAACUUUAUUUCAUCAACACAAUCAAUUGAUUAUAUUGUUUAAAACUGCCCUGGAUCUGAUGCCAUCCGAUAAUCACAAAAUUGUAAUCAGAGCUGAUAAAACACCUGCAGGUCAACAUACAAGACGUUUUAAUGCACCAACUAUUGAUGAAGUUGCUAUCGUUGUAGUUGGAGAAAACUUGGAAUCCCGUGAUAUUGUUUUACAUCGUCGGAAUGAUCAAUUACAACGUAUAAAGGAAACACACCGCUCAUAUGAUGCACUGCAAUAUCCCAUUAUAUUUUGGCAAGGUGAAGAUGGCUACGAUUUCUCAAUAAAAAUGAUAAAUCCCAUUACAGGUUCUGAAACCAGCAAAAAAGUCAGUUCAAUGAACUAUUAUUCAUACCGUUUAAUGAUUCGGGAAAAUGAAGAUAAUCACAUAUUGAAAUGUCGGCGAUUAUAUCACAAAUAUGUUGUUGACAUGUAUGUUAAAAUUGAAACGGAGAGAUUAACAUUCAUCAGGUUAAAUCAAACCAAACUCCGAUCUGAAGAGUAUAUUCACCUUCGAGAUGCGAUUAAUACUGAUGGAAAUGCACAGAAUGUCGGUCGGAUGACUAUUCUUCCAGCAACAUACAUCGGAAGCCCUCGGCAUAUGCACGAAUAUGCUCAAGAUGCCAUGUCGUAUGUUCGUCAUUAUGGUACAGCAGAUUUGUUCAUCACAUUUACAUGCAAUCCGCAAUGGAUAGAAAUCAAGCAGGAGUUAUUCUCUGGGCAAUCACCCAUUGAUCGUCAUGAUAUUACAGCCAGAGUCUUUAGACAAAAGUUGAAAUCUUUAAUGGAUUUCAUCGUAACACAUAAUAUGUUUGGUGAGACACGCUGCUGGAUGUAUUCUGUGGAGUGGCAGAAACGAGGAUUGCCACAUGCACACAUUUUGAUUUGGUUGGUUGAAAAGAUAAGGCCAAAUGAAGUUGAUGCAGUGAUAUCAGCUGAAAUCCCUAAUGUACAAGUAGAUCCUGGAUUGCAUGAGGUAGUUAUCAAAAACAUGAUACAUGGUCCCUGUGGAACUCUUAAUCAAAAUUCACCGUGUAAGAUGGAUGGUAAAUGUUCAAAACGAUAUCCACGGACAUUAAUAUCGGAAACAAUUACUGAUAAUGACGGUUAUCCAUUGUAUCGUCGCAGAUCGACAGCAGACAAUGGAAAAUCAACAAUUGUCAAAUUAAAUCAACAAGAUAUUGAAAUAGAUAAUCGUUGGAUUGUUCCAUAUUCACCCAUUUUAUCAAAGACAUUCAUAGUACACAUCAACGUUGAAUCUUGCCAUUCAGUGAAAUCUAUUAAAUACAUUUGCAAAUAUGUAACCAAAGGGAGUGAUAUGGCUGUGAUUGGAAUUGGUGCAGAGAAUUCCAAUGAUGAAGUUACCCAAUACCAAAUGGGCCGCUAUGUCAGUAGUAAUGAAGCAGUUUGGCGAAUAUUUUCUUUUCCUAUUCAUGAGAGACACCCUUCUGUUGUUCACUUAGCUGUGCAUUUAGAAAAUGGACAAAGAGUGUAUUUUACAGCACAAAGAGCUGCUCAGCCACCAUCUACUACAUUAACCAGUUUUUUUGAGACAUGCCAAAAUGAUGAUUUCGGACAAACAUUGCUAUAUUCUGAAAUGCCAAAAUAUUAUACCUGGAAUCAAUCCUCAAGGAGAUUUAUACAACGGAAACAAGGAAAACCAGUUCCAGGAUAUACAGAUGUAUAUUCCACCGAUGCGAUUGGCCGGAUUUAUUCAGUACAUCCAAGCAAUGAUGAAUGUUUUUAUUUACGACUGCUAUUAUUCAAUGUACGUGGCCCUACAUCAUUCCAACAGUUACGAACUGUUGAUGGUGAAUUGUGUGGAUCCUACAGAGAAGCCUGUCAACGUUUGCAAUAG